AUGACUCAAUAUCUGUCCUGUGCCUACGCAUUGUUCUAUUAUUUCUUUUUCCUCUACUUCAAUUUUUCUCUCUGUUUCUUUCAUUCUAUUCUUUCUUCUUCUUCUUCUUCUUCUUCUUCUUCUUCUUCUUCUUCUUCUUCUUCUUCUAGUUUACUCCUAAACACUCCUCCAUCCUUCUUCUUCUUCUUCUUCUUCUUUUCAUCCUCCUUCUUCUUCUUCUUCUUCUUCUUCCAGUUGCUAUCUCUGCUAAACACUGUACUUCUCUUCUUCCAUCCUUUACAAAAGUUUCUUCUUCUUCUUCUUCUUCUUCUUCUUUCUUCUUCUUUUCAUCCUCCUCCUCCCUCGUUCUCCCCCCUUCUCUUUCUUCUUCUCUUUCUCCUCCUCAUUUUUCUUCUUCUCCUUCUUCUUUUCUUCUUCUUCUUCUUCUUCUUCUUCCUCUUUCUCCUUCUUCUUCUUCCUCUUUCUUCUUCUUCUUCUUCCUCUUCUUCUUCUCAUCCUCCUCCUCCUCGUUCUCACCCCCUUCUUCUUCUCCUUCUUCUCCUCCUUUUUCUUCCUCCUCCUUAUUCUUCUUUCUUUCUUCUCCCUUUUUCUUCUUCUUCUUCUUCUUCCCUUUUCUUCUUUCUUCUUCCUCGUUCUUUCUUCUUCUUUCUUCCUCCUUUUCUUCUUUCUCAUCCUCCUCCUGCUCGUUCUCUCCCCCCCUUCUUCUUUCUUUCUUCUCCUCCUUUUUUUCUUUCCUUCUCCUUCUUCUUCUUCCUCUUCUUAUCUCAUCCUCCUCCUUCUUCUUCUGUUCUUCUCCCCCAUUCUCCUUCUUCUUCUUUCUCUUCUCCUCCUUUUUCUUCUUCUCCUUCUUCUUCUUCCUCUUCUUCUUCUCAUCCUCCUCCUCCUCGUUCUCACCCCCUUCUUCUUCUCUUUCUUCUCCUCCUUUUUCUUCUUCUCCUUCUUCUUCUUCCUUCUUCUUCUUCUUCUUCCUCUUUCUCCUUCUUCUUCUUCCUCUUCAUCCUCCUCCCUUCUUCUUCUCUUUCUUCUCCUCCUUUUUCUUCUUCUCCUUCUUCUUCUUCCUCUUCUUCUUCUCAUCCUCCUCCUGCUCGUUCUCACCCCCCUUCUUCUUCUCUUUCUUCUCCUCCUUUUUCUUCUUUCUUCCUUCUUCUUCUUCUUCCCUUCUUCUUCUCAUCCUCCUCCUGCUCUUCUUUCUCUUCCCCCUUUUCUUCUUCUUCUUCUUCUUCUUCCUCUUCUUCUCAUCCUUUUUCGUUCUCACCUUCUUCUUUCUUUCUUCCUUUUCUUCUCUCCUUCUUCUUCUUCCUCUUCUUCUUCUCAUCCUCCUCCUCCUCGUUCUCAACCCCUUCUUCUUUCUUUUCUCCUUCUUCUUCUCCUUCUUCUUCUUCCUCUUCUUCUUUCCUCGUUUCUUCUUCUUCUCUUUCUUCUCCUCCUUUUCUUCUUCUUCUUCUUCUUCUUCUUCCUUUUUCUGGAAUUCUUCCUCUUUUCUUCUUCUUCUUCUUCCUCUUCUUCUUCUCAUCCUCCUCUUAUCGUUCUCACCAGUUUAGUUUCUCUUUCUUUCUCCUCCUCUUCUCCUUCUUCUUCUUUCUCUUGUUCUUCUUCUUCUUCUUCUUCUUCUUCUUCUUCUUUCUCCUUCUUUUUUCUUCUUCUUCUUCUUCUUCUUCUUCUUCAUCUUCUUCUUCUCAUCCUCCUCUUCCUCAUAUGACCUUCUUCUUCUUUCUCCUCCUCAUUUUUCUUCUCCUUCUUCUUCUUUCUUCUUCUUCUUCUUCUUCUUCUUUUCUUCUUCUCCUUCUUCUUUUCUUCUUCUUCUUCUUCUUCCUCUUCUUUUCCUCCUCCUUCUUCUUUUUUUUCCUUUUUUCUUCCUUCUUCUUUUUCUUCUCUUCUUUCUUUUCUUCUUUCUUCUUCUUCUUCCUCUUUCUCCUUCUUCUUCUUCUUUCUCCUUCUUCUUCUUUUCUUCUUCUUCUUCUUCUUUCUUUUUUCUUCUUUCUUCCAGUUGCUAUCUCUGCUAUACACUGUUUGUCUCUCAUUCCUACCAGAAGACACCAGCCAUUUUUAGGCGAAUCGUUUUGUCUGGGCAGCUUAUCUACUUUAACAUAUUUCCACAAAAGAGAUGUAUAA